UUAAUUUCUCAUGGAAAUAAACUAAGCCAACAAAAAUAUAUGACAAAAAUACGUGGAAGAGUUUAAUAGUCUUUUGGAGUUUUGGGGCUUGAUAAAAACAUUAAUAAUCAACGACCUUAUUUGGGUUCUGUUUGUUGAUUGUAAAAAUCCCCAUGUGAUGUGGAUGGUCCUGUGGUUUGUAAGCUGUCUUUUGUUGUUGAAUAAAAAUGGCAUUUUGGAAAAAUAGAAAAGAAAAAAGAAAGCAUUAAUCAGCAACCAAAUAGAGCAUAUGAUAUCACCAAAGCCUUGGCUUAAGUGGUAUGUUCUUCACCUCCCCAAACAGAGAAAAGAAUAGAGCAUAUGGGGAGAAGUUCUUCUGGUGUCUCUCAUAUUAUCAUCUAAAAGCAUAAAGACAAGAGAGGUAGAUUAUUGAUUGACUAAGAUGGCAAACAUCGAUAUUGAGGGGAUAUUGAAAGAACUUCCGAACGACGGCCGUGUCCCAAAGACGAAGAUUGUGUGCACCUUGGGCCCAGCUUCUCGGUCUGUGCCAAUGAUUGAGAAGCUUCUAAGGGCGGGGAUGAAUGUGGCCAGGUUCAACUUCUCACACGGAACCCAUGAAUACCAUCAGGAGACCUUGAACAAUCUCAGAACUGCAAUGCAUAACACUCAAAUCUUGUGUGCUGUCAUGCUUGAUACAAAGGGACCUGAGAUUCGGACUGGUUUUCUUAAGGAUGAAAAACCUAUUCAACUCAAGGAAGGCCAGGAGAUCACUAUAACCACUGAUUACAGUAUAAAAGGGGAUGAGAAAAUGAUCUCCAUGAGCUACAAAAAAUUGGCUGUGGACUUGAAGGCUGGAAAUACCAUCUUGUGUGCAGAUGGCACAAUCACCCUAACCGUAUUAUCAUGUGAUUCAGCUUCUGGAACAGUGAGAUGUCGUUGUGAGAACACUGCUACUUUGGGUGAGAGGAAGAAUGUAAAUCUUCCUGGUGUGGUGGUGGAUCUUCCCACGCUCACACAGAAGGAUAAGGAAGAUAUCCUGGGAUGGGGUGUUCCUAACAAUAUUGAUAUGAUUGCUCUCUCAUUUGUGCGCAAGGGCUCUGAUCUUGUUAAUGUCCGCAAGGUCCUUGGGCCCCAUUCCAAGCAUAUACUAUUGAUGUCAAAGGUUGAGAACCAAGAGGGAGUUAUCAACUUUGAUGAAAUAUUGCGAGAGACUGACUCAUUCAUGGUUGCCCGUGGUGAUCUUGGGAUGGAAAUUCCAGUUGAGAAGAUUUUCCUUGCACAGAAAAUGAUGAUAUACAAGUGCAAUCUUGUUGGCAAGCCUGUGGUAACUGCUACUCAGAUGCUUGAAUCCAUGAUCAAGUCUCCCCGGCCCACCCGUGCUGAGGCAACUGAUGUAGCUAAUGCUGUCCUGGAAGGCACUGAUUGUGUCAUGCUUAGCGGGGAGAGUGCAGCUGGGGCCUAUCCGGAGCUUGCUGUUAAAAUCAUGGCUCGAAUUUGUAUUGAGGCAGAAUCCUCGGUUGACUAUGGGGCUAUCUUUAAGGGGAUGAUAAAGUCAACUCCACUUCCAAUGAGUCCAUUGGAGAGCCUUGCAUCCUCAGCUGUCCGAGCAGCUAACAAGGCUAGAGCAAAACUCAUUGUCGUGCUGACACGAGGUGGCACCACGGCCAAGUUACUCGCCAAGUACAGACCAGCUGUUCCAAUUGUGUCAGUGGUAGUUCCAGUCCUAACAACAGACUCGUUUGAUUGGGCCUGCAGUGACGAGACACCAGCAAGGCAUAGCCUGAUUUACAGGGGCUUGAUUCCACUUCUUGCGGAAGGAUCUGCAAAGGCCACUGAUUCAGAGUCCACUGAGGUGAUCCUGGAAGCUGCAUUGAAGUCGGCAACACAGAGAGGGCUGUGCCAGCCUGGAGAUUCUGUUGUAGCACUUCAUCGAAUUGGAGGUUCCUCAGUUAUUAAGAUCUGCAUAGUAAAGUGAGGUAAAUUAUGAAGCAUGCCUACACCAGCUUCCCAUUGUGCUUCUGUUAUCUUUAUCAUUCUUAAAUUCACGGACUGACUGUUUGGAUUCUAUUAUUUUUCCACUUUCCUUGAACUAUGUUUCGGGAGACCUUUAGAAUUGGUUGCUCAUAACCAUGUUUACCUUUUAAAGGUUACGAAGGAUAUAUUUACAUGCCCUGCAAUCGAAAUAAGAACAGAUCCUCGUAUUUUUAGUACAAAA